CGUCUAAUAACAAGUCCCGCCGAUAAAGCCGACAAAGCGGAGCGAGGUUUUUAUUCUCGCCCGCGCCGACGCAGCGCGUGAUCCGACCCACUCCUCCUCGCCCGCUUUUCUCCUCCUCCUCUCCACCCCCCCACUCACCUCCCCGUUCCUCCUCCCUCUCCUCCCCGCCGAAACCCUAGCGUCUCCUCCCUCCCAUGGCCGAUGGGUACUGGAGGUACGGCGCCGACGCUCGGCAUCCGCCGCCGCACGCCGCGGCGGCGGCGGCGGCCGCGGUGGCCCCUUCUCCCGUCUCCCUCAAGCGGCCCCGCUCUGGAUACGCCGAUGUACCUGCUGGACCGGAGAUAGCUGGUUACUAUCCUCGUGAUGAAGGAAGGGCAGGGUAUCGUGCAGUCAAAGAUACUGAAGCCAUUGGAGCUUCCUAUGAUCGUUACUUACGCGAUGGGAUGGCUUCCUUUGGUGCUAGUGAGCCUGCAAGGCCUGCAGCUGGUGGAAUAACUGGUAAUCCAAUUGCUAAUCAGCGAAUAAUGGCUGGUGGGAGGCCAGAGCUUCCUUCUCUUCCUCCAGAUGCCUCAAGCACUCUGUUUGUGGAAGGACUUCCUUCGAACUGUACGCGCAGGGAAGUUUCUCAUAUUUUCCGUCCUUUUGUAGGUUUUCGUGAGGUGAGGCUUGUCAACAGGGAGCCCAGACAUCCUGGAGGUGAUCCACACAUCCUGUGCUUUGUCGAUUUCUCAACCCCUGCACAAGCUGCUGUUGCUUUGGAUGCUUUGCAAGGUGAAAGCUACGUGACUAACGGCCUUAUCCACUAUCCUUGUUUCAUAGCGUCUUGUUGCAUCUCUUUUCUACUGUUUCUUCAUUUGGCUUUGUGGAUUGCAUGGUUCUCCUGGUUUUGGUUAUAUCUGCACUUUUGGUUGUAUGUAUGGCUUUUGUUUCUUGUGUUCUACAACUUCAGUUUUAAUGCUAUUAAUUAUGCUAACGUUCUAGUUCUCAGAUUUUGUUUUCAACUUUUUUUUUUCUCUGUCUGAUGUCACAUUAUCUGAUAUAAUUUGGCAGAGAUCUUUUAGAAAAAGGUGUCAGGGGAUAAUAUCGAUUUAUUUACUUUGUAGAAUAUUCUGGUCUUUGAGUCAUUGAUCACUACGGUGAUUGCAAACUAUUACCCAGUCUAAAUGGGCUCCUUUUCCUUUCUGUUUCUGUUUGAUGUCCUGAUUUGUAGUUUAAAUUUGGCGGCAGUCCAUUAGGAAAUUGGUGUCAAAUGUUAAUUAUUUGGAUCUUUGGGUGCAUGGACUAUUGUGGGGAUUGCAAAAUUGUUUAGUCUAAAUAAACCUUUUUUCACUUAUCAUUUACACUGCCGUUUCCAUCUAAGGUUGUAAUCAUAAGGUGGAUACUUCAGCCCCAGAUUCCCAUCUUUACGAACAAAAUUAUCACAUGAACACAAUUCUGCGCUAAUGCUGAUGGAAAGUUUUGAAUGCCUGUCUGUGCAGAUGGAGUUAUGGUUAAGUGCUUUUAGUAUUCAAAUUGAGCAUGACAUGACCAACCCAGUUUGUAAGCAAGGAAUGGGAUAAAAUCUUUUUAAGACCUUAUAUGCAAUACGUCAUUCAAGGUUCAUUAUUAGGAAAAAUAUGCCAGCACACCUUGAACUUUGGGGUAAUUAUAGUUAGCCACCUGAACUUAAAAAGUAAAAAAAAAACUACAUUAAGUUUAAUUCACUUCACUUCAUUUAACCAUGCUACCCUGAUUUUUGUGAAGUCCUGUAACUAAUUAUAGCUUGUCACAGUUAUUUGGCCUUAAAUGUUUACUCACUUGAAUGCUAAAAUGAAUUUAUAAAUAUUUGAGUUGUUCGAUCCUUACAUUACUCCAAUUAUUAAGACGGUAAUGGAAUUUAUAGUCCGCUGUGCUGAUUGAAACAAAUCAAAAGCUAACAUAAGUUUCUCUUUUUUAACUUUUUAAGGUCCGGAUGGCUAAGUGUCAUCGGACCAAAUUUUUAGGCGGGUCCUGUGUACUUUUCUCUUCAUUAUAUAUGCAGUCAUAAAAGAGACAUAUAGUACUAGCAAACAGUUAAAUUGUCAUUCAGGGCUGUUCCUUUUCACUUAAAUACUUCAAUACGCGAUUUUACACCCAAUUUGUUUGCUUCUCUCUCUUAUUCCACUAGAAUUGCUUUAAUAUUCAGUUUUAACAUUAACUAGCUGGUCUCUCUCUCUCUCUCUCUCUCUCUCUCUCUCUCACGCACGUGCAUGUGACACGCGCACACGCGUGCGCGCAUGCUUGCAUAACCUCUCCCAUGAUUUAUAGUAGCUGUACUGAACGAAAUUGAAAUGGUUAUUGUAAAGGGCAUUCAGAUGAAGCUGAUAUGUUAUACAUUUUUUGUUUGAUAAUUGGCCAAAUGACUUCUAUGGAAAAAUUCUUGAAGAAGCCCUAUAUACUCUCACGACUGUUUCAUACUGCUUCAUUUUCACGAUUAAACCGGUACUCAUAAUGCGUGACAUUUCUUUAUUUCGUCUCUUGUACAUCUGUUUUACGUUUGCACGACGCGUUUUCACGUAC